AUGUUCAAGCCUGUAGUUGCACGCAAUGCCAUCAAAGCUCUAAACACCGCCCGCCCUGCCUUGGCGGCUCCCACGGGCUUCACCCGCCCUCUCUCAUACACUGCCUCACUCGGAAAGAAGAAGAGCAAUGACCCUGCAAAGGACCCCAUCCUCUCUGCUACAACCAAGGCCCCCGAGGGUGCUUCUAGUGCGACUGAGGGCCAAUUCGCUCGUACUGACCAAAGCGUCCAAAUUGAAUACCCUCCCGAUAGCGAGAUGCCCGCUCAACCGGUGGCUCAGGGACGCGGUGGGAUGCAUUUCAAACGUACUCUAGCCCAAUUCUCACUUGAGAAGAAGGUCAGCGUGGUAACUGGUGGUGCUCGUGGAUUGGGUCUAGUCAUGGGCCAAGGCCUCGUCGCUUCCGGCUCGGACUUGGCUAUUAUAGAUCUUAACAAGGAUGAAGCUGAAUCCGCAGCUGCCUCGCUGGUCGAGCAGUUCCGUAAGGAGAAUCCCGGUCUCGAAGACAUGCCCAAAGUCACCGCCCACUACGCGGACGUUGCCAGUCCUGACUCCGUGCAGAACGCAAUGGCCGAAGUCCUGGCCAAGCACGGCAAGAUUGAUAACUUGGUCACCUCGGCCGGUUUCACCGAGAACUUCGAGGCCAUCAAUUACCCAUUCGAUCGUAUGCAGAAGCUAUGGGGCGUCAAUGUUGACGGUACAUAUCUCUUUGCCAUCAACGUUGCCAAACAUCUGAUGGAGCGCAAGGCGCCCGGUAGCAUCGUUAUGAUCGGCUCCAUGUCCGGCUCUAUUGUUAAUGUUCCCCAGCCCCAGGCUCCAUACAACGCCGCGAAGGCUGCUGUGCGCCACCUUGCUGCCUCGCUCGCUGUGGAGUGGGCUGGCCAUAAUAUCCGCGUUAACUGCAUUAGCCCCGGUUACAUGCUUACUGCUCUAACCCGCAAGAUCCUCGAUGAGAACCCCCAGCUUCGAGAUCAGUGGACCUCUCUCAUUCCUGUCGGCAAGAUGGGUACACCGGAGGACCUGAUGGGCGCCGUGACCUUCCUGCUUAGUGAUGCCUCUAAGUAUAUCACCGGAGCCGAUCUCCGUGUUGACGGUGGCUACACCGUAACGUAA